AUCAGAUAGUUAAUACUUAAAAAUGAGGUUAUCUUUGCUCUUUGUCUUCUUGCUCGUCGUAAUGAUUGCCUUCGCACGAGCCGAAAACUGCCGUGGCAAGCAAAGAGAUAAUAUUGGUUUUCAAUGCAGAGGAGGUAAAAAUGAAGGACGAGGAGGACGUGGAUGUAGCCGAAAUGCAAACCGUCGUAUGUGGUACUACAAUCGGGUUUCAGGAAGAUGUGAACCAAUGCGAUACUUGGGCUGUGGAGGCAACAACAAUCGCUAUUGUAGCAAAAUCCGAUGCGAAAACAGAUGUAUCCGCAGGAAUUGAAGUAUUGAAAGCAAAUAUUGACUAGUACAAUACAUACUAUACUACUCGUAACAACAUAGUUACAAAAUUUAA